AUGCUUUUUCAAGAUAUAAUAAACGAAUUAAAACAUGCAAAGAAUAGAUUGGAUAAGGCAGCGGAGGAGUUGAAGGCGUUUGAAGAAGGGGAAGACGGGAAAUGGCUGAAAGAGUUGAGGAGAAAGUCGAGAAGACACGAUCUUAGUGAAAAUGAGGAGCGGGAGAAGGCUAGGAUGGAGAAAAAGGAAGAGAGGUUGGAAAAUAGUAAGGUGAAGUGGGAAGAGCAAGAGCAGAAGUUGCAAGAUGCAUUGAUCGAAUUUGAUAAAGAAAAAGAAAUGCAAGGGCCAUUGCUCAUCAUGAUUGAAUCAAUGAAACGGAAAAUGGAAGAUUUAGAGUUUCAGGUGAAGAGA